AAUAAUGCACCCAAAAUUAGAAUUGUAGGUAGACAGUCAGUUCUCGCACCCUUUAACAGUCCUUUUUUAUUAGGACUAAAAUACCCAACUGCAUAAAUAACCGAAUGAAAGAUAUUGGUUGGCACUUACUUAGGAUUAGGAGUGCACUUUUUGUCCUCGCCUCGCUUGCAUGUGUCACACAUUCAGAAUUUUUCCUCUCUGUAUUUUUUACAAUGUUGAAAUUCCUGUCACUACUCCUACUUCAAAUUGGACUGGGCAUCGUCCAAUGCAGUUGGUUUACAGCAACUGACAAUUCCCCAGUAGUGUCUUGGGGCAGCAGCACCACCACCUCUUCAUCCCCUUAUUUUUGGGACCUUAUAUCGCCGGACAUUGAGGAAAAUGGGAAGGAGAAGAUAUCUGCCAAACGACGCUUUUCUUUACUGAAAAUAAAAGAUAGUGAGCUUUUCCUUCCCCGAAAUGUGGUACCGAUCAGUUACAAGCUUAAAAUUCGGCCAAUUCUGGAGUCAGAUAAUCCAGAAGAAGUCCUUACCGCCCCGGGGUCAGUGACCAUCAUUGUCAGGUGUGACGCGGUUACGGACACCAUCACCUUACACGCCAACACGAAACAGUUUGUCAACAUACUGAGAGAAAACUUACUGCACGUCCAGCAGACUGGGGACAACACGACCACAAGCAGAGUAAAUAACGUCUCGGUUCUUCGGAGCUCUCUAGUGCUCGGAAAAGAAGAUGCCGAUUUUUACCAAAUCCAACUUUCCGAGAAUCUGCAACCGGGGGAGCAGUACUCCCUCCACCUGGACUUUGUCACAAGGAUUUCCAACUCCACGCUGGACGGGUUGUACCUGAGCAGCUAUGAGGAUCCGUCCAAGAAUGAGAAGAAAUUCCUGGCAGUCACUCAGUUUGAGGCCAUCGCAGCCCGACAAAUGUUCCCCUGCUUCGAUGAACCCGAUCUGAAGGCCACCUUCGAAAUAGUUGUGAGUCGGGCGAAGGGCUACACUUCCAUGAGCAACAUGCCCUUGCACUAUUCGGAACCUGACUCUGAGAACGCCGGCUACUUUCUUGACCAUUUCCCACCCACGCCGCGCAUGUCGACCUAUUUGGUGGCACUCGUCGUGUCCGAGUUCACCUGCACCACGGCUCCCGCUUUCCUCCUCGCCAAUAAGACGGUGGAGGCCUGUGGUCCCGCGCAUCUGGUGGCGGAGGGUGGAGCCAGCCACGCCGCACAAGUGUCUGCCCGCAUUCUCGCCUUUUACGACAAGUUGUGGGGGGUUCCCUACCCGCUCCCGAAAAUGACCUCUGUGGCCAUCCCGGACUUUGAGGCGGGUGCGAUGGAGAACUAUGGGCUCAACACGUAUCGCAUCUCUGCCUUGUUCUACUUUCCAGAUAAAUCCACAGAGUCGAGACGCUUAAGUGUCGAAUCCACUAUUGCGCACGAACUGGCGCAUCAGAAUUUUGGGAACUUGGUGACGUGCAAGACCUGGAACCAAAUCUUCCUCAACGAAGGUUUCGCCACCUACGUGUCUAAGUUGGGCGUGGAGGAAGUAAGCCCAGAGUUUGAGGGCGAGGCUUUCGGCUGGUACACGGACUACUUCCAGCGCGCGCUGAGGGCGGACGCGUUUCCUGCCAGUCACCCACUCGUCAAGGUGGAAGACUACUUUGGCCAAUUUGACGCCAUCUCAUACUCAAAGGGCUCUUCUCUUAUCAAAAUGAUGGAAAAUAUUCUGUCCAGAAAGACACUCGUCAACGGCUUGAGACAAUACUUGGAUAAGUUCUCCUUUGGAAAUGCUGAGUAUCGGGGACUGUUCAACACGCUGGAUCUUCAGGCCAAGGCAGAGGACACGCACCCUGAGCUCGCCCCUCUUGCUGACAUUAUGGACAGUUGGACUGUGCAGCCUGGAUUCCCUCUCGUUCGAGUGACCUGGGUUUCCGAACAGUUGUUUCACAUUUCACAGGAGAGAUUUCUACAGCAGUCGAGCACAGUCAAGGAUGGGCAAGUGGGUAGCAAAGACGGCGCAGGAUGGAGACGCAUGUCCUCGAACCCUUCGUCCACCCCUUUGAAUAACACACGAGGAGACGACCCAUUGCUCUGGCACUGUCCAAUUUUCAUUGCCACCGCCGCACACCCCAACCGGACGGUGUUGGUCUCCGAAGAGGGUCAUAGUUCCGAGACGACAUCUCCUCACCAUAGGAGACCCACCAUGUGGUUGACCAACAAGGAAUCCAUCAAGGCUUGGGUCCCAAAGUCAAAAGUCGACUGGAUAAUUGUCAACCCAGACUCAAAGGCCUUUUUUCGAGUUCUGUAUGAUGAAAGGUUAUCAGACGCUAUUGAAAACCAGUUGGAAGACAACUCCCAAAUUUUCAGCCCAAUCACGAGAGCUCAAUUAAUUGACGACGGCUUUGAGAAUGCAUGGGCUCACUACAGCCCAAUCCAGGUGGCCUUGGGAAGAACUCGAGCAAUCCUCCGGGAUGAAACGGACCCCAGAGUUUGGGCCACUGCUCUCAACCACUUCAAACAAAUUUAUGCUAUGCUGUCCGAAAAUGAAGACUCUGUUCGAGACUUCAAAAAAUAUUUGAGCCCGAGGGUCAGCCAAGCUGUGGAUGCGGUGGGUGUGGCGCAGGGCGGUGAGGAGAGAGGUCAAUCCGUUCUCCAUCGAGCCUCCCUCUUCGUCUGGGGCGGAGUUCUAGAACUCCCGAGUGUGCUUCACCAUUCCAAAAACCUGGUCAAACUUGCUGCCUCCGAAUCUAAUCUGAACCUAAUCCCUGUCGACAUUCGAGGCGAAGCCCUUUGUGCUGCCGUCAUUGAGGGUGACUCGAGCACAACCAACUUUCUCUGGGACUUGUACAGCAAGAGCAAAGCCAAAAGUGAAUCAAGUGUACGAAACAUAUUGCUCAACGCCAUUGGCUGUUCUAGAAAUCCUGCCAUGAUUCAAAGAUACCUGGACAAUUCUUCCCAGAUUGGCUUUCUCCACUCCAAGUCGGAUAGGGUCAUCCUGCUCCAAAAGUUGGUGGUCAAUCCCUUCAGCCGCAAUGCAACAUUUUCCUACCUGCGCCAACAUUUUCGAGAGUUGAUCGACUAUUUCGAUGGUCUCGAAGUGCCGGGGAAAAUCCUCAGAACUUUCUCUUAUUUUUGGAAUACUGAGGAACGACUGAAUCAGAUGAAGGAGUUGCAGAAGGAGUUUUUGGAGGAGUUGAAGCUGGGAGAGAGCCUUGAGCUGACGCUGGCCCUCAUUCAAGCAAAUGUCGAUUGGAUGCAGCAUCACGGGAGUGACAUCAAAAAUUGGAUGCAAACUCAGGCUCGGGACGAAGAGCAGUCUGCUCCAUAAUUACUUUCACUCAACAAGCUGUUCAUGCUCACUCACAAUUAUUGUAUGCAAAUUCUUCUUCUCGUUAUAGUUUCUCCCAUGAAUUAACACGGGAAUCAUUGAACCUCGUUAAUUUCACCAAUGUAAAUUAGUUUAAACGGUGGUGUCAAUGUUCACUUAAAUAUCCUAGAUUGAGCAGAAGAAAGUGAAAGUCUCGCCUUCUCAAUUUGUUAAUAAAUCGUUUUGACUGUCUUAACUUGCCACUUGAGGACGUGGGGUCGUGCAAGGUUUUACGAACAGUUUGUGCACAAUAAUUUAUGUUUUGUAACAAAACUUUCGUUCACUUCAUACGUUUUUUUAUAGUACUUAAUAUUGUCCUUUCAAGUAAACAUUGUCUAAUUUAACUAUUUGACAAGUAAUAAAUAAAUUAAGUUAAUUUAGUAAUUAAGUCAAUAUUUUUAUCAUAUUGUAAUUUCGUGUCACAUUUUCCCUUGAAGUCUAUUUCUGUACUUUCGAGUCCCCUUGUCCUUGUACAUACGGUCGGGUAUAAAUAAAUAAAUAAACCACAUUUACUUAUUUCUGUAAU